AUGGAGAAGGAAUUUCACAAGUACCUAAAGCGGGAGGGUCUCUCAUCUCGAUCAGUUCGAGAGGAAGAUCGAAUUUUCAGAGGGGAAGAUUUGAUCAGCUCAUUACCGGAACCGUUACUAUGUCACAUUCUUAGCUUCCUCACGACCGAGGAAGCCGUCUGGGCAAGUGUUUUGUCCUCACGAUGGAGAUAUCUCUGGAAAUGGGUUCCUAGAUUAGAAUUAGACAGCCAUGAUUUCACAAACGACAAAACGUGUGUGGCUUUCAUCGACGAAUUUCUCCAUCUCCAGGGCAAAUCCUACCUGCGUGAAUUCAAGCUAACCAUUGACCAAGACGACGAACUUACAAACCCUGAAAACGACGCUUCUCUCUACGGGCCGUGUCUCUCUAGAGUGGAUAAACGCAAGAUUCAACAUUUCCAAGUUGAGACUCGAAAGGGACGUUGGAGCCGCUCUGACGAAACCGAGACGCCACUAACACUCUCUGUAUGCGAGUCCUUGGUUUGCUUGAAGCUUCAUUUCGUAGAGCUGAAAGAUUCCGAGUCUCUCUCCUUGCCCUGCCUCAAGACCAUGUACUUGGAAGACGUGAUAUUCCCUAGCGACGCGGCUGCAGAGGCGCUGAUCUCGUCCUCUCCGGUUCUUACAGUUCUAAAAAUAUCUCUGAGUAAAAACGAUGCUGUGGUGGUUUUACGCGUCUGCUCACAGUCGCUAAAGAGCUUCACUCUGAAACGAGCAGAUCCUGUUUAUAAUAUUAGACAUGGACAUGCGGUUGUGAUUGAUACACCGAGGCUCGAGUAUCUGAGUCUCAUGGAUCACCAGUUCCGAGACUUCAAGAUAAUCAGCAUGAGUGACUCUGUCAAGGUUGAUAUCGAUGUCGAGUUUGAGAUCAUACGUAGCUACUCGUAG